AUGGCUCCUGCACUGGACAGCGACUCCCGGAAGCUCUUUCUUCUCACCACGGUGGGAAAUUAUUUCAGCCUGAAGACUCCACCUACACUCGCUACCUGUACACCGAUCAACAAGUUUCUGGACGAUGCAAAUGAAUUUGUGUUAGCCGCAUGCAGGGAUGGAGAUGAGCUCCACUUUUCCAACAAGAUGGAAAGCAAGCAGUUUGAGGACCAAGUGCUGGUCUUCUUUAAGCUGCAUCCAUGUGUGAUUACAGAGGAAAACAUCAGCAAAGCCGUUCUGGUUUCUUCCAUGCUGGAGUCUCCAAUCAACACACUGUACCAGUCCAUGAGGACAGUUUUUAACCCUGCGCUUCUACAGGAUGAAAAGUGGAGUCAGGCAUUUGACCCUCGGUUGCAGUCUCUGCUAAGCGAGCUUGAGGUUGGUUUAGGCUCUGUGAUUCGACAUACACACCCAAAGAAUUCUGGGAAGAAGAGUCUUUCUGAAGCGGACGCUCUCGGGAUAAUAAUGCCGUGUGAUGAGUUUCAGUACUGGGAUGAAGUGAGUAAAUCAGGAGAGAGGAACAGUGAUCGAGUGCGAGCUGCAUACUUCUCUCAGCUGUUUAAGCCUGUAGAGAAGGACUACAGUUCUCUCGACAGUUUAAGUCUGGCCGAGGUGUUGGAGGCGAUGGAACACACUCGGGAUGUGAUCGAUGAUGUGUGGAAGCAGAACGAACACGCACCGUACCCCGACACACGCAUGCGCAGACUCGUGGAUGUCAUAGGCUUCUCUCUGGCACGGUCAGUGCAGAAGAAGCUGUGUGCGCUGCAUCUGUGGGACGAUCCGUACUCCAGCGUAAGAGAGUGUGUAAAACUGGGCGUGGCGGUGUGUGAACAGUGGGCGGCGACCUGUGAGCACCUGACUGGCCAGAUCUGGAAGCGCUACUCACCCCAUCUAUGGAGCGGAGACAAGCACUGCCCGGUCGGCCUGCGUGACCUCGCGGGGCGACUCGAAGAGGUGCUGCAAGUGCGCACGGUGCAGGAAAAACUGCAGCGGAUGUUAUCAGGAGCGCAGCAGCAGCAGGUUUCCGCAUCCACAGUGUUCAAGCCUUUCACUGGACUCAAUCCUGUACUGUACAAUCCUUAUACUGAGCCGUUGUGGAGAGCUGCUGUGUCUCAGUUUGAGAGGUUAAUUGCCCCGGCUGAACAGGAAGUCGCUGGAAGACUGAAGACUUUUAUCAGGGACGUGCAGGACAGCCCUCAGCAGUUACUGCAGGUGUUUCAGAAGCACAGAGAUCUCAUUAAACGUCCCACAGUGAGCAAGCAGCUCCAACCGGAGAGAGAAACGCUGCUCACACGCCUACUCGACUACUGCAAAGGGAUCCGUGCUGAUUUCGAGAGUCGUUGCCACGGUGUAGCAGGAGAAAAAAGCGGUCCUUUGGCGGGCAGAAAUCUUCCUGAGGUGGUUAACAACAUAGUCUGGGUCAGGCAGCUGCUUGUAAAGGUGGAGGACUCUGUAAAGAUGGCAGAGGCGCUAUUAUCAGACCUGCCGGGCUUUCAAUCAUUCAUGCGUUUCUCUGAUGAGCUGCUGGAACAGCUGAGGUCGUACGAGCAGGACCAGUUCGAUGACUGGUCACGAGAUUUAAUCUCCGGACUCUCAGACCCCAAAUCUGGAAUCAGCCUGCAGGCCAGUAACCGUGUGAUGGAGCUGGAUCAUGAAGAUGGGAAACUAAAGGUUCAGUACUCUGAGCGCUUGGUCAGUCUGGUAAAGGAGGUGAGGCAGCUCUCUGCACUCGGGUUUACAGUUCCAGCCAGGAUCCAACAGGCAGCUCUUAUUGCUGAAAAGUUCUACAGACAGGCUCUCAUCCUCAAACAGGUGGCUCAUUUCUACAACACCAUAGACCAGCAGAUGAUUCCUUCUCAGAGGCCGAUGAUGCUGAAUUACGCUCUGGCUUUUGAGCAGGUUAUUAAGCAGAGUCCUCGCUCAGAGUCACGUGUUGGGGAAGGAAAGCUGCAGAUAACGUGGGACAAUCCCAAAGAGCUGGAGAUUUACAUCAACAAGCUGCAGAAUGCCGCUGAAAGACUCUCUGCUCAGAACAGGAAGCUCCGCAAAUGGCACACUGACUUCAUCGACAGGGUGGUCAUGUUAAUGGGUGUGGAUCUCCUUCGGCAGCAGCAGCGCUGGAAGGAAGGACUACAGGAGCUCAGAGCUGGAUUUGCCACUAUUGAAUCCCAGGGAGUGCGUGUCAGUGAUAUGCAAGCGUGGAGGCAACAUUGGAACCAUCAGCUUUAUAAAGCACUGGAGUUUCAGUACCAGUGCGGAUUAGAGGCGCUGAACAAGAACCUUCCGGAAAUCCACGUAGACCUUGUGUUUAAGCAGGGCCGCCUGCAGUUCAGGCCAGCGUGUGAGGAGCUGCGUAUGAAGUACUACAGAGAGAUGAAACGCUUCAUCGGCAUCCCCAAUCAGUUCAGAGGAGUGUCUGAGAACGACAAAGGGACGGAGCCUAUAUUCACCGCCAUGAUCGACAACAACGCCCGAUCCUUCAUCACCAUUUACAGCAACGCAGAGAUGCUGUUCAACCGACUGCAGCGUGUACAGGACACGUUCGAAGAGUGGGUGGUGUUGGGCCAGGUGGAUAUGGAAGCUCUGGUGGAGAAACACCUUCACACCGUUCAAGACUGGGAAAGGAACUUCAAAACUCUUAAAGUGAAAGGGAAAGAGGCUGAACGCCUGCCCAGUAUGGAGAAGGUGGACUGCUUUACAGUGAACUGUGAGCCGGUGAAGGCUGCGAUCGACGAUCUAAUCCAAAAACUGUUCGACACGCUUCUGAUGGCUCUAAGGAAAUCUAUUCAAGCACACAUCCAGGCUAUAGAAUCUUUCGUUAAUGGUGCGAUGGAGACGUUAUCCACACGGCCUGAGAGUAUAGAGGAAAUCGGGGAAGCCAACGCCAAACACAGCCAACUGCAGGCCAGGAAACCAGAGGUUCUGCCUCAGUUCCAGCACAUGGAGGACAAGAACAGACUCCUGCGUUCGGUAGCAGGAGGAGGCGUCGACUCAAUCAGCUCCCUCAGAGCAAAGUGGGACAAAUUUGACCUGAUGAUGGAGAGUCACCAGCUGAUGAUCAGAGAGCAGGUGGAGGUGAUGAAGGGAAGUGUAUCAUCUCGUAUCAGUGCGUAUCUCCAGGAGCUGCAAAAGUUCCGCACCCGCUGGGAUCAGCUCAGACCCGGCGACGAUGUGAUCGAGUCAUGUGACCACGAGGCACUGCAACGCUGUGUGGAAAGAGUGAGGGAGAAGACGGACGAGUUCAACGAGCUCGAGAGCACUCGCAAGAAACUGCUGGAGGACUGUGAGCACUUUGGGCUGGACACGCCCGACAUGUCUUUGGCGUUCGACACACUGAAGGACCUGCAGCGAUAUUCAGAUAUGUGGAGUCUGUAUGAGGAGUUUCAAAAUGAAAUGAACAUUAGUGCACAGCAGGACUGGAUCACCUUCAGGAGUAAGACCCAUGAGUUUGAGGAGUUUCUGUUUACAUGGCAUGAUCGCCUGAGGAAGCUGAUCGAACACAACACCAUGACAGUGAUGUUACAGAAAGAAGUGGACAAAUACAAAGCUCUGAUUCCCGUCCUGAAGUACGUUAGAGGUGAUCACCUGUCUCAGGAUCACUGGCUGGAUCUGUUCAGGAUGCUGGGUCUUCCCAAAGGAACCACAUUAGAGAGGCUGCUGUUCAGGGACCUGCUGAACGUCUCACACACCAUCAUUGACAAAGCCCUGGAGUUAAAGGACCUGAACAGCCGUGCUCAUGCAGAAGUGAGUAUCCGGGAGGCUCUGCGUGAGGUGGAGCUGUGGGCCUCUGGAGCCAGCUUCUCUCUCACAGAGUACACCAACAGCGCUGGAGCACAGCUCAGCCUCAUACGCGAGUGGAGAGACGUCAUGAACCAGGUGGGUGAUAACCGGUGCCUGCUGCAGUCGCUGAAGGACUCGCCGUACUACCAGCGCUUCCAUGAUAAAGUCUCGCUGUGGGAGACUCGCCUUGCCGACCUCGACGACUUUCUGCAGAGCCUUAAUGCCAUCCAGAGGAAGUGGGUUUACCUCGAACCCAUAUUUGGACGCGGUGCACUGCCACGAGAACAGGCCCGCUUUCAGAGGGUGGACCAGGACUUUAGGACCAUAAUGCUGGAUGUGCAGAGAGACAGCAGAGUGACGUCUCUAACCACUCGAGCAGGCAUGAGAAACACUCUGAACACACUGCAGGAUCAGCUACAGCGCUGCCAGAAAUCCCUCAACGACUUCCUUGAGGAGAAACGUUCUGCAUUUCCUCGCUUCUAUUUCAUCGGGGAUGACGACCUGCUGGAGAUUUUAGGCCAGGCCACCAAUCCCACCGUCAUCCAGACCCACCUGAAGAAACUGUUUGCAGGCAUCCACAGUGUGGACUUCGACUCCAGCUUCAGCACAAUCACAGCGAUGAAGUCACUGGAGGGAGAGACUGUACCGCUGAGGAACACCAUCACUAUUUCUAACGAUGUGGAGGUGUGGCUGAGUGAACUGUCCUCAGAAAUGAAGCAGACAUUAAAGUUUCUGCUGUGUGAGUGUGUGAGUGCCGUGAAGAGAGGUGGAGUCGACCCCAACCGCUACCCCUCACAGAUCCUGUGUCUGGCCGAACAGAUCCAGUUUACAGAGGAUGUAGAAAAUGCCAUCCGUGAGCAAAAUCUACACCAACUGGAGCUGGAGCUCAGCGCUAAACUGGAGCACUACACUGACACGAACACCAGCACAGAGUCUGCAGACUCCAGUGUGUUACAGUUGAAGCUGAAGGCUCUGAUCCUGGACGUGAUCCAUAACCUGUCAGUGGUGCGAGAGCUGCUGCGCGUUCAGGUUCACAGCACGGACGACUGGGUGUGGAAGAAACGGCUCCGUUUCUACCUGAAGACGGAUCAGCGCUGCACUAUACACAUGGUAGAUGCAGAGUUCGACUACACCUGCGAGUAUCAGGGUAACACCCCAAAACUAGUGCACACUCCUCUGACAGAUAAAUGCUACCUGACGCUGACUCAGGCCAUGCGGAUGGGUUUGGGAGGAAACCCGUACGGACCAGCAGGAACCGGCAAAACCGAGUCUGUUAAAGCGCUGGGAGGUCUGUUCGGCCGACAGGUGCUGGUGUUUAACUGUGACGAGGGCAUCGAUGUGAAGUCCAUGGGUCGAAUCUUUGUGGGGUUGAUAAAGUGUGGAGCCUGGGGCUGCUUCGAUGAGUUUAAUCGUCUGGAUGAGACAGUGCUGUCUGCGGUAUCCAUGCAGAUUCAAUCCAUACAGGACUCACUGAGGCAGCACAGAGACACCUGUCAGCUACUGGGCAAAGAGGUGCAGCUUGACUCAAACUCUGGUGUAUUUAUCACGCUGAAUCCCGCCGGUAAAGGUUACGGAGGAAGACAAAAACUCCCCGAUAACCUGAAACAGCUUUUCCGCCCCGUUGCUAUGACGACCCCCGAUAACGAGCUCAUCGCCGAGGUCAUACUGUACUCCGAGGGCUUUAAAGAGGGGAGAGAACUCGCGCGCAAACUUAGCGCUGUGUUCAACCUGGCCAGGGAGCUGUUGACCCCUGAGCAGCAUUACGAUUGGGGACUGCGUGCUCUGAAGACGGUGCUGAAAGGAUGUGGGAAUUUAUUACAGCUACAAGGAAAACAACAAACACAGAUGAGUGAGAGUGUGUUGGUGGUGCAGGCUCUCAGAUUGAACACACUCUCUAAGCUGACCUUCUCAGACAGCGCCCGGUUCGAUGCUCUGCUCAGAGACGUCUUUCCUGCAGUCGACUUCAACGAAGUGCACUACGAGGAGCUGAAAGCUGCCCUGCUGGGUGCUUAUGAGGAGGCGCAACUCGAGAUCAUACCAAGCCAGGUGAGGAAGGCUCUGGAGCUGCAUGAGCAGAUGAGGCAGAGGAUGGGCGUGGUCAUGGUGGGGCCGAGCGGUUGUGGAAAGUCGACAGUGUGGCGGUUGCUGCGCUCCGCCCUAAAGCGCCUCGGCGUUACAGUACAGCACUACAGCGUCAACCCUAAAGCUGUGAGUCGCCAGCAGCUGCUGGGACACAUGGACAUGGACACACGAGAGUGGAGCGAUGGAGUGAUCACUUCUGCCUCCAGACACGUCAUACGUGAACCUCAAGGAGUGAGUUCUUGGAUUGUGUGUGACGGCGAUAUCGACCCCGAGUGGGUGGAAUCGCUCAAUUCAGUCCUGGAUGAUAAUCGCUUGCUAACGAUGCCCAGUGGAGAGCGAAUACAGUUCGGUCCAAACGUCAACUUUCUGUUCGAGACCCAUGACCUCAGCUGUGCUUCUCCUGCCACCAUAUCCCGCAUGGGCAUCAUCUUUCUCAGUGAUGAGGACACUGAUGUUAAAGCUUUGUUAAAGUCGUGGUUGAGGAGAGAACCAGAAGAGAACAGGGAAAAUCUGGAGAACUGGAUCAGUGAUUACUUUCAUCGAGCCCUCGACUGGGUCUUUACUUUGGGUGAGUGUGUGGUAGAGACCAGUUUAGUGGGGACGGUUCUGAAUGGUUUGUCCCAUUUAAGAGGAGUAAGUGUGCGAGGGGAGUUUAUAGUCGGUUUAAUCCACGGACUUGGAGGAAACCUGCAACUCAAAUCACGGCAGGAGCUAGCCAAGCAGGUGCUGAGUUGGGCGGGCGAGGCUCCUCCCGAUCCUCGGAAUCCCCUGGAUCUGUGCUACGAUCGCGAUUCUGGCCGUGUGUGUGUGUAUGAGCUCCAGCGUGGGGAUGGAGUGUGUGUGGAGGAUUUCAGCAAUACAUACACUCUUCCAGUCAUACACACUCCACACACAGAGCGCGCCCUACACACUUCUACGCGCUGGCUAAGCUCUGCACACACACAGCCGUUCCUGCUGGUUGGGCCAGAGGGCUGUGGCAAGGGGAUACUGUUGAGGUACGCGUUCUCCAGGUUGCGCUCCACUCAGGUUGCGAUGGUCCACUGCAGUGCUCAGACAACAUCACGCCACGUGUUGCAGAAACUCACGCACACGUGCGUGUGCAUCAGCUCCAGCACACAUCGUGUGUAUCGACCGCGCGACUGCGAGCGCCUAAUCCUCUACCUCAAAGACAUCAACCUCCCCAAACCUGACAAGUGGGGGACAAGCAACAUCAUCGCAUUCUUACAGCAGGUUUUGACGUAUCAGGGGUUCUACGAUGAAAAUCUGGAGUGGGUCGGACUGGAAAAUAUUCAGAUCGUUUGCUCCAUGUCAGUCGGAGGCGCUGUGGGACGACACACACUCACCUCACGCUUCACCUCUGUAGUGCGAAUCUGCACAAUUGAUUACCCCGAUAGGGAGCAGCUCCAGGCGAUCUACGGUGCCUACCUGUCACCCGUGCUGCAGAGAACCCUGGGCGAUCAUCCGCAAUGGAGCUCCGCCGGAAGGAUCCGUCAGCUGGCUGGCUCACUGGUCCAAAUCUACGAGCAGGUGAAGGCUAAGUUCAGCGUCGAUGACCACAGUCAUUACCUGUUCACUCCGUGUUUGUUGACUCAGUGGGUGCUGAACCUGCUCAGAUAUGACCUGACUGCAGACUCUGUGUUGGAGGUAGUAGCGUACGAGGCUCGGCGUAUUUUCAGAGACAGACUCGUCUCAGAUAAAGAUCAACACACGUUUGACAGCAUCCUCAGCUCCGUCAUCCAAGGAGACUGGGGCUCUGACGUGCUGGAUAACAUAUCUGAUACCUUCUUUGUGACGUGGGGUUCCAGUCAUGGCGGGCGUGGACACGGCAAACCUCUCCCACCGUAUGGCAAAUCACUGUGCCGUCUGAACUCCAGCGAUCUAACAGAAGUUAUCCGCAAGGGUGCGGUUCAGUACGGCCGAGAGAACAGAGAGUUGGAUCUGCUGAUUUUCCCCGAGGUUCUGGACAGCGUGUGCCGUAUGGACCGCGUUCUGGCCGCGCCAGCAGGGUGUGUGCUGUUAGCCGGUCGGAGCGGGGUGGGCCGGCGUACGGUCACGUGUUUGGUCUCGCACAUGCAUCGAGCGACGCUCUACACCCCCAAGAUCAGCCGCUCGUACUCGCUGAAAAACUUCAGAAACGACCUCAAAACCGUGAUGCAAAUGUCUGGUGUCGAAGGGCAGCAGACGGUGCUGCUGUUGGAAGAUCACCAGUUUGUUCACCCCUCCUUUCUAGAAAUGGUCAACAGCCUGCUCUCCUCAGGUGAAGUUCCAGGUUUGUACUCUACAGAAGAACUGGAGCCAUUACUGUCAUCCCUGAAGGAUCAAGCAGCCCAGGACGGAUUCACCGGACCCAUCUUUAACUAUUACACACAUCGUGUGCAGCAGAACCUUCAUGUGGUGCUGAUCAUGGAUUGCAGUAACGAAAACUUCACCAUCGAUUGUGAGAGCAACCCGGCGUUGUACAGGAAGUGCAGUGUGCAGUGGAUGGAGGGCUGGAGGGACAGCAGCAUGAAGAAGAUACCUGAAAUGAUUCUGGCUGGAAUGGAGGAGCUGAAGGAGAAGAGCUCAGAGAAAACCAGGAAAAAGCACAAAUCAGAUUUCUUCCAUUCGUUCCUGCUGAUGCACGAGUCGUGUCGAGAUUAUGGAGCGACACCAAACCGAUACCUGAGCUUCCUCAAAGUGUAUCAGUCCAUCUACAGCACAAAGAAGAAAGAGCUCACUCAGAGACAGCAGCAUCUACAGGCGGGUGUGGCUAAGCUGAAUGAAGCAAAGUCAUUGGUCGAUGAGCUGAAGAGGCGUGCCGCUGAACAAAGCUCGCUACUAAAAACCAAACAAGCGGAGGCGGAUGCAGCCCUGCAGGAAAUCACAACAUCGAUGCAGAAUGCGAGCGAUCAGAAGACAGAGAUGGAGAAGCUGAAAGGAAGGAUGGCGCAGGAAGCGGCGAAAAUAGAGGAACGAAAACAAAAAAUUGAUGAUGAGCUGAAAGAAGUCCAGCCCCUGGUCGAAGAGGCAAAGCGGGCCGUCGGAAACAUUAAACCCGAGUCUCUCUCCGAGAUCCGCUCUCUGCGGAUGCCACCUGAUGUCAUCAGAGACAUUUUGGAGGGGGUGCUGAGGCUGAUGGGAAUAUUCGACACCUCCUGGGUCAGCAUGAAAAGCUUCCUGGCUAAGCGUGGCGUGAAAGAGGACAUCGCGACGUUUGAUGCUCGAAACAUCACACACGAGAUCCGGGAGAGCGUGGAGGAGCUACUACACAGGAACGGAGCCUCGUUCGAUCCGAAGAACUCGAAGCGGGCCAGUGCAGCCGCGGCCCCGCUGGCUGCGUGGGUGACCGCUAACAUCCAGUACUCUCACGUUCUGGAGAAGAUACAACCACUUGAGACUGAGCAUGCGGGACUAAUGGAGAACCUGAGGAAGACCGAGAGUCGGAUGAGUAAACUAGAAGCUCAGCUCAACUCUGUGGGUCAGAAAGUGUCUGAGCUAAAGGAGAAGUUCCAGUGUCGUACUACCGAAGCCGCAAAGCUGGAGGCUGAAGUGAGCAGAGCUCAGGAAACCAUCAGCGCUGCAGAGAAACUUAUACACCAACUGGACGGAGAACACACCCGCUGGACUACUCAGGUUAAUGAGAUCAGUGAGGAGUUAAACACCCUCCCUAAACGGGUGCAGCUUGCAGCAGCAUUCAUCACGUACCUGUCUGCUGCACCUGAGGAUCAGCGCCGAGCCACACUAAACUCCUGGAUGGAGCGCUCGGGACUACGGAGUUUCGAUUUACGCCACUUUCUGUGCUCUGAGCGCGAGCAGCUGAUCUGGAAGAGUGAAGGACUGCAGUCCGAUGACCUGUCCAUAGAAAAUGCUCUCGUUAUCUUGCAGAUCACUGCACUAAAGAAUCGGAGUGUGGCCUGUCCAUUUCUGAUAGACCCCUCUUCUCGAGCAACCGAGUGGUUGCGCACUCACCUGAAAGAGCAUCGACUAGAGGUCAUCAACCAGCAGGACUCAAACUUUAUGACGUCGUUAGAGUUAGCGGUGCGUUUUGGGAAAACCUUGAUUAUUCAGGAGGUGGAUGGAGUAGAGCCAGUGCUUUAUCCCCUGCUGCGUAGAGAUCUUAUCGCUCAAGGUCCCCGUUACGUGGUGCAGAUCGGAGAAAAGGUCGUCGACUACAACGAGGAUUUCCGCCUGUUUCUGGCAACCCGCAACCCCAGUCCCUUCAUUCCACCUGAUGCUGCAUCUGUCAUAACUGAAGUGAACUUCACUACAACAAGAGCUGGACUGCGGGGACAGUUACUGGCAUUGACCAUCCAGCAUGAGAAGCCAGAGCUGGAGAGAGAGAAAACCAAACUGCUGCAGCAAGAAGAGGAGAAGAAGAUACAGCUCACGCUACUGGAGGACUCACUGCUAGAGACUCUGGCCACAGCUCAGGGGAAUAUAUUGGAGAAUAAAGAGCUAAUCGAGUCUCUGAAUCAGACGAAGGCGAGCAGCGCUCUGAUACACAGCGCUCUGACCGAAUCACACCGACUGCAGGCCUCACUCGACCAGGAGCGAGAUGCAUAUCUGCCCUUAGCAGAAAGUGCCAGUAAGAUGUAUUUUGUAAUAACCGAUCUAUCGCGCAUUAAUAACAUGUACAGCUUCAGUCUGGCUGCUUUCAUCAGGAUCUUCCACAGAGCACUGCAAACCAAACAGGAGAGUGACAGCACCGAGCUGAGGAUCGCAGCACUGGAAGCUUCUCUCAGGACUAUGGUGUACGAAUACGUCUGCCGCUCGCUGUUUAAGGCGGAUCAGCUGAUGUUCGCGCUACACUUUGUGAAGGGAAUGCAGCCUGAACUCUUCCUGGAGAACGAAUGGGAAGCGUUUAUUGGACUGAUCAUAGCAGACACGGUCAGGAAAAUGGAGUCCCAGAGGUCUUUGCAGGAACAGAUUCCAUCCUGGAUUGAUCAGGAGAGACAAACCGCUGUGGUUUUACUGAAGAAUACAUUUCCGAUGCUGUUUCAGUCCCUGUGUCUCAGUGAUGCUGAUCUGUGGCUCCGGUUUUCACAAAGUUCACACUGCGAACAAGAAAUUCCAGCUUCCAUCACCAGGAAGAUCUCCCUCUUUCAGCAGGUGCUGGUGGUCCAGGCUCUCAGGCCGGACAGACUGCAGAGCGCCAUGGCUAACUUUGCUUCACACACCCUAGGAAUGAGGGAGCUGUCUCCUCCACCGCUGAACCUGAAGCGACUGUACGGUGAGACGGUGGAGACGGAGUCGGUGCUGAUUAUCAUUUCUCCUGGAGCGGAUCCAUCUCAGGAGCUGCAGGAGCUCGCUAACCACAGCGUGGGAUCAGAGCACUACCAUGAGGUGGCUAUGGGUCAAGGACAGUCUGAUGUAGCCCUGCAGGUUCUGAGAGAGUGUGUGAAUAACGGGGAUUGGCUCUGCCUAAAGAACCUUCACCUGGUCACUCAGUGGCUCCCCCUGCUGGAGAAGGAGCUAAACAGCUUGCACCCAAAAGCAGGAUUCAGACUGUGGUUGACUUCAGAAGUUCAUCAUAACUUCCCAUCCAUCCUACUGCAGUCCAGCCUCAAGGUCACCUAUGAGGCUCCCCCCGGGCUAAAGAAGAACCUGUUGAGGACGUACGAGUCUUGGAGCUCGGAUCAGAUCAGUAAGGGGGGAAACGUUGCACGUGCUCAGUCACUCUUCUGUCUCGCCUGGUUCCACGCUGUGUGUCAGGAGAGACGCAAUUACAUCCCACAGGGUUGGACUAAGUUCUAUGAAUUCUCUUUGUCUGAUCUGAGAGCUGGGUUCAACAUCAUCGACCGACUGUUUGAAGGUGGUAAGGUCUUUCAGUGGGACUACGCGCAUGGAUUGUUGGAGAACGCAAUCUACGGCGGCCGUGUGGAUAACGUGUGCGACCUCAGAGUGCUUCGCUCGUAUUUACACCAGUUCUUUAGCAACAAGAUUCUUUCACGGGGCAGAACGAUGUCGGCUUUCCCUGCUCAGAUCAACCUGCCGAACUCUUGCAGCAUAGCGGAUUAUCGCCAUGUGGUGGACAGUCUCCCAGAAGAUGAUAAGCCAAGCUUUUUCGGGCUUCCCGCUAACAUUGAGCGCUCUGCUCAACGGAUCACCAGCACACAGGUCAUCUCCCAGCUGAGGAUUUUGAGCAGGCCGGUGUCUGCAGGGUCAAAGUUUGACCGAGAGCUCUGGGCUAGCGGACUCUCACCUGUACUCAACCUGUGGAAAAGACUGAACCAGGGUUCAUCUCUGAUCCAGCAGAAGUUAAACCCCCUAACCGAGGGCGUCGGCUCUCCCGUGCUUUCAUUCGUCCUGCUGGAGCAGUUUAAUGGCAUCCGACUGGUCCAGAGUAUCCACCAGUCGCUGGCCGCGCUCAGUAAGGUCAUCCGGGGAACCUGCCUGCUGACCGCUGACACCCACAAACUCGCCACCGCCCUGCUCAACCAGGAAUGCCCUCUGAGUUGGGAAAGUAAGUGGGAGGGUCCUGAUGAUCCCAUGCUGUAUCUCAGGGCUGUAAUGAGCCGAGCUCUCGCUGUGCAGAGCUGGGUGGAGAGAGCAGAGAGGAACACAUUGCUAAGCGACACUCUGGAUCUGUCCGACCUCUUCCAUCCAAACACCUUCCUGAACGCUCUGAGACAGGAGACUGCCAGGUCCAUGAACUGCUCUAUGGACAGUCUGAAGUUUGUGGCAUCGUGGAAGAGCAGAAUAGAGCGAGCCAAACUGCAAGUGAAGGUUGGAGGGUUGCAGCUGGAGGGCUGUAGCUUUGAUGGGAUCCGUCUGAGUGAGAACCGGCACGACUCCCCCAGUGUGUGUGCAGUUCCUUCCUGUUACAUGGCCUGGAUUCCUCAGAACGCUCCGGGUUCUUACACUCCAGAGGAGAGCGUGUCGCUGCCGGUGUACACGAGCGCGGAGAGAGUGUGUGUCGUAACUCAGAUCGAAGUUCCGUGCGGAGGAAACCAGGAGCAGUGGGUCCAGAGUGGAGCGGCACUUUUCCUCAAACAGCAGUAACACACACACACACACACACACACAGUGUACUCCAUCUGUAAUAAAUAUAAAUAUGUUUGAAUUUGAAUAAAUGUAUAUUUAUGGGCGCUAUUACACCGUUUAUACUGUGAAAGUAAUUAUUCAUAUAAUAAAUAGUGCAAGUA